AUGGGGUUCUUCUCUGCCAGGCGGGCUGAAGACCUCCACUCCAGCGCACAGGAUGACGGCUCCGUCGUCCGAGUUAUCCGGUCCAGAUUUUACGGCGGCAAAGCCAAAGGCAAGGAGCGUGAGGGAGAGGGUUCCUCCGGAUCCCACGCAUACACCUCCUCCCUCUCCGACCCCUCCACUUCUUUCACCGCCAAGGCAGCCGACAAGCGUUCUAUCACCGGUUCCAUCCGCGCUCUACGUACGAGCACAUCCACCAGGAAUUGGCCUCCUGACACCUCUACCAUCUCUACCCGGAGGAGUGGCAAUGUCGGUGACAUGGCCAGCUCUCGCACAUCUACAGACAUCAUCACGGUCACACUUGCCCAGAGACUCAACGAACUUGCGACGGCCAACUCCGAAGGUCUCCUCAGCGAUGACGAGUAUCGGUUGCUCAGGCAGAGUCUUUUCGAGCGGUUUGCGAGCGGUUCUGCUGUCCCCACGGAAACAUCUCUGGUAGCGAUGUCGAAACCCCUUUCCACUGCCGAGUCCCGUAGUGAUUUAGCAUCCAACGCCGGGCGUCGUUUGUCCUCACACUUCCACGUUCAACCCAACUCCGUACGAACACCCUCCAUCUCCUCGAAGAAGUCCAUAUCUUCCACCGUCACCGGGCUCUUGCGACGGGCGACUAGCAAACGCGUCGUCUCUAACCCCGCGGAUAUGAAUGGCAGCGACUCAAUGAGCGUCUAUUCAAUGGCCUCCUCUCCUCCAGAGCGCGUUACCCUUCCCCGAAAGCUCGCCAAGCAAAACAGUGACACUUCGUUACGCACCGAUGCAUCUUCCGCAAGGAUGUCUCAAUCCUUCAAUCGUAGAACGAUCAUUGGCAACCAUACCUUCGCCGCGACCGAUCCUGGGCCUCUUCCUACAGUAUCAUCACCAUCGAGCGCAUCAAGAUCCAGGACUCGCUCAGGCAGUCGCACAGCGCCCCCUUCCUCAUUCCACGGCUCUUCCAAAGGCAUAGAGUCAACAUAUACCCACAUUAACAUGAGCGAGAUACCAGACGACGAUACCGUGGAGUCCGUGCAGGACAUCAAACAUCAAAUAGAGCUUGUCGAGGCCGAGGGGCUUCGACUCUUGGACGCUUUCAAUGGGCUGGAGCUCUCGACGUUGACGAGGCGAGGACGAAAGCCCCCGGUCAUUCCGCCAUUGCCUUCACACGGUUCUCUCAACGAUGGGAGCUGGCCAACUGGUACCCUUCGCCCUGGGAAGGACGUCGACACCCUUUCAUACAAAUCCAGCGGCUCUGGGCGAACGGCGAAGUCACUCAAACGUUCACCGUCCUUCGGCGCAAAACCUCGGACAUCGGCUCCCGGGUCGAGUACCACGCUAGUGUCCCCGUCCCACUCCAUCAUGCGCAAACCGUCCCAGUCAUCCGUUUCUUCUCGCGGCCGCAACGGCUUCCCCGCUCUGACUGGCCACCUCGCCACCGCCAGUACGUCGACCGUCAACUUGACACGUAGUACGAACCACCUUCCUUUGGAGACCGUCGAGGAGACCGACACCAAAUCCGCCCGGACUGCUGUGAGUCGGAAUGGAAGCGCAAAGACGCCGCGGACCCCAAUAUCCCCCACGUCGCGAUCGGAAGUGGGGUCGACAAGCUCCGGUAACAGGCGAGGCCCGGCGCAUGUUGACGAGGAGGAGCUGAUGAUGAUGGAGGCCGAGCUCGCGGACAUCCGCCGCCGGCGCGCUGCGGUGACCGCGCGGUACGAGUCGCGCAUUGAGUACCUGCGCGCGCGGCUGAAGGGGGCGGAGCUGCGGGAGAAGAUUCUGCGGAAGUAA